CACAGAAUUGAGCGAGAGCUGUUGUAUGAUCGACAGCGUCGUGAAGUGUUUCUGGCUCGUCUUCGUUCGCAUCACAGUCAUCCAAGGGCAGCGAAUACGUUAACUCCAACUGGCGGCGGCUAUAUGACGCGUUCUGUUGAUAGUUCUGAAAGCAGCCGACAUAUUCCUUUUCACAUUUUGUAUCAUCAUCCAGCCGCCUCCUAUCUCACUUCUCGAGUAAUGUUGUCAUCAUCGAUUUCGCUUCCUGGAAGUCCGCCGCAAAAUAGUUUCCUUGGACAACAUGGAACGCAGUUCAGGGACGGCUUGGUAUGUUUGAUCGACAAAUUUUCGUGUUAUUAUCUUUGA